AUGGGCUUUGUCAAGCCCGUAACUUCUCCUAUAGUUGGCUCAGUUAAAUUGACACUUAUAGAUGGUCCUGUUUUUGAAGGCCCAACCCUUUAUCGAAGCACUGUGGGUAGCCUCCAAUACAUGUCACUCACGUGUUUGGGUGUAGCUUAUGCAGUUAACAAAGUGUGCCAAUUCAUGCACACUCUGAAAGUUCCUCAUUGGCAAGCCGUGAAGAGAAUACUGCACUAUCUAAAACACAUAGCUCAUCUUGUUCUUCAUUUUAAGUCAUUCUCUGAUAAUUCACUUCAUGCUUUCACUGACGCCGACUGGGCAGGAUGUCCAGAUGAUCGACGUUCAACGGGAGGCUUUUGUAUCUUUUUUUGUCCUAAUCUUGUUUCAUGGGUAUCCAAGAAACAAAGCACUAUUGCAAGCUCGAGUACAGAGGCGGAAUACAAAGCAUUGGCCAACACAGCAGCUGAGCUCCUCUGGUUUCAAUCACUUCUCGAAGAACUCGAUGUAUUUCUGCCAAAGCCUCCAACCUUGUGA